AUGGUGUGUUUAGAGAGAACAGGCCGCAUAGGGCUCCUGCUGCUACUGUCUCUGCUGUCUGUGAGGGGAGGCUAUAAGAGCACAGUUUCUUGGUGCGUGGUGUCAGAGGCAGAGGAGCAGAAGUGUCUGGAUCUGUCCAGUAACGCCACAGCACAGAACAUUCGAGGCACUUUAGAAUGUGUGCGAGGAGACAACGCCCAGGACUGUAUCACCAAAAUCAAAAAUGGCACAGCAGAUGCAGCGUCCAUGUUUGCAGAUGACAUUUACGCGGCCGGUCUGUGCCACGGGCUGGAGCUGACCGCAGGAGAGUCCUUCAAUGGGAUCGAUGGCAUCAGUUACUACGUGGUCGCCCUGGCGCGUCGCUCCUCCGCAGACCUGUCCCUCCUGGAGAUGCACGAACGCAGCUCGUGUCACCCCGGGAUACGCACCACCGUGGGCUGGACCGUGCCCAUCGGGUACCUGGUCAACACCUCCCAGAUCAGCGUGGGCGAGCAGUGCAACUUCCCCCGAGCCGUGGGGAACUUCUUCGGUUACAGCUGUGUCCCGGGCGUGAAGGACCCCCAGCACGACCCCAGAGGAACCAACCCCAAGAACCUGUGCGAGGCCUGCAUCGGAGACGAGAACGACCGCCACAUCUGCGCCAACAACCACCGCGAGAGGCACUACGGAGAGACCGGGGCCCUCAGGUGCGUGGCGGAGAACCUGGGUGACGUGGCCUUUGUUAAGCACACAACAGUAUUUGACAAUCUGGAUGGGAAGAACCAGGAGUCGUGGGCGUUGGACAUGGAGGUGGAGGACCUGAAGCUGCUGUGCCCUGAUGGGACUGAGGCAAACCCAGAGGAGUUCGAGCAGUGCCACCUGGCCUCUGUGCCCACCAACGCUGUGGUGGUCCGGCCUGAAGACAGGUGCAGGGUCUGGAAGUUCCUCGAGAGACUUCAGAACGCGUUUGGGAACUCCACCGACAGCUUCCACAUGUACAGCUCAGCGGCCUACGGAGAACCGGACCUGAUGUUCAGUGACUCCACCCACCACCUGCAGAGGAUCAUCACCAGCUACACCUCCUGGCUGGGCCCCUCUUACACCGCCGUGCUGCAGGCCUUCGAGUGUGAGGGCUUCUGCUGAUGGAACAGAAGGGCCUUCCCCAGUGCAUCCGUCCAUCUCUGUCCUCCCAUCCGGCGCUCCGGCCCCACCAUCUGCCCGCCGCCGCUGCUGCGUCUGCCCUCUCCUCUGCUCCCCUCUUUUAGGCUCCAC